AUGAAGCUCAUAUCGGUUUUUGUACGAACAAUCAUCUUGUUCAUCUGUUUCAAUUGUGUGGAAUCAACUUGGUACUUUUCAGAACAUCGAAUUUGUGAUGCUACAGGUGAUUCAUGGUUACCAUUCUCAGGUUUUAGAAUUCAUAGGAAAUUUAUGGUUAAGAAUUUGAAGCCUCCAAUGUUACAUUUUGUUUCGUUAUCUCAUUGUAACCAAGGGGAAUUAAAUUAUGAAAGAUUGAUUAGAACUGGUAGAGAAACUGAUAUUGAAUGGGAUAAACCAAUUUGUUUUUUCAGAGAAGGUAACGGUAAUGAUGAUCUAAAUCAUGAUGAUGGUAUAAAUCUAAAAGAAUCCAAAUCAAAUAAUGAUCAAAAGAAAAAGGGUGAUAAGAAGAAAUCAUCAUUAGAGGAUACUUUAACAAAAGGUAAACAUUUGAAAUCUGUUAAUCCUUCACAUUCAAAUAUUGCCAAACAGAAGGAUAAAAUUGGUUUACUGAAAUCAAAACAAGUUAUAACUAUUGAUGAAGUUUCUAAAAAACCACAUUCAAUUUCCAAAUCAAAUCUUUUCAACCAUACCGCUGCUACUACUUCUUCAUCAGAUUUGAAUAAAAGAGAUAAAGAUCCACAUCUGCAUAAACAAACUUUCAAUGCAUUAGUUAGAAAAAUUUCCUCAAAGGCAAGAUUUAUUGAAUAUAAACAAGAUUCCCUUGUAACAGAUUUAGAAGAUUUAGAACCAAUAAGUUAUCAAGAAUUAAGUAACAAAGAUCUCAAUAAUUUGAAAUGUUUCAAACUUGCAAGAAGGAAAAAAUAUGCUGAAAGACAAAUGAUGGUUUAUGCUCCAUAUACAUGGGUUGGUGGAUUAUUUGAAUGUAAUGUUAAUAAUGAUAUCAAAAGGCAAUAUAUUCAAAGUUUGAAAGAUUCAAGAGAUUUUAUACAACCAUUUGAUUUUAAAUGCGAUUCAAAAGAAUCAACUCCAUUAUUCCCAUUAAUUGCAGAUGAUGUUACAAGUCAAUGGAUUGAUAAAGAAAAAGGUGCUUCUGUAUCUCAAAGAAUCCCAUAUCUUUAUACACCUGGUGUUCUUGAUGUUAGAUAUGGUAAAAGUGCUAAAUCUUUAGGUGUUAAACAUGGUGAUAAUUUAUUUGAAGGUCAUGAUAUUAUCAAAAAAAAUCAUGAUUCAGUAUCAAUGGAUCAUUGGUUUAAAGAAGUUGAAAUUAAUGAAAAUUAUAAUUAUACAAAGCAAGAUUUACAAACUUUAGAUUCAACAACAAAUUCAUCUUCAAAUUUAUUUGAUAAAUUUUUACAAUCUGAUAAAAAAUUCCUUCAACCUUGGGAAUGGGAUUCAAAAGAAUUAUUAGGAAAUGAUAAUGAAGGUAUUGGCUACUUGGAACAUAAAUUUCUUAGUGUUAUGGGUAGAAUAAAAGAUAAACUGAUUGUUGAUGAUUUUUUAAAUAAUGUUCAAGAACAUUGGGAUAAUGUAACUUUAUCAGCAGAGAAAUUGAUAUAUAAAUUACAUUGA